AGGUUAUGGACUCAUUGUUCUUCCCUAUGAAAGAAACUGAAAAACUAUCUCAACAUACUUGUAGUAAAAAAUGGCAAGUUGAUGAAUCUGCCUCUGAACUCCCAGAAAUUGGUCAGGAAGCCUCUGUCCUUCCUGCACCUGAGAAUAUUGAAAAAGUUGGCAGUUUCACUUCUAGGAAAGAAACAGAAAGUAAAUAUGAGGAAGAGGAGUUAGAAGAUAAGAUCUUCAGAUACUCUGACACAAAAAAAGAAUAUCAAACAUACUAUACUCAUUAUAGAAAUAAAGUAUUAUUGAGCAGCUUCAGCUCUGAUGAAGAAAAAGAGGAAAACUUUUCCAGUUCUAAUUUGGGCUUUUCUGGCUCAGAUGAUGGUGAAGAAGGAAUAAACUUCAAGUUCUAUUUCGAUAAAGAAGAACCCAUCUAUGAACUCAAUAUCAGAGGUCUUGAAAACAAAGAGCAUAGCGAGCUUGAAGGGCUAUUAAUAGUCUAUAGUGACCUCUUUGCUUGGAUUUCUCAAGAUUUAGAACAAACUAACCUCGUUACCCAUAUUAUUCGAACUGAUAAUGCCCACAUAUUAGAUAGCGAUACUACUGGACCUCUCUCAAAAAAAAAGAAUUUCUCCAAAAAAAGUUAG